AUGAAACUGGUGCCGUAUAACAAAUUUUCACAAUUACAAGAUGUGGGUGACUUACAUGUAUCAACUCAUUUACUGUCUGAAAGUACUAUCAAUAAAAACAACAAACCUAAAGAUUUGAAUAAACAUUCAACAUUAGCCAAAUAUCAAGAAAGUAGUGUUCAUAUGGAUUUGGAAGGACUUGAAAUCAACGAAGACCUAUCAUUUUCAAAAUUCUCACAUGGCUCUGGUGAAUCAGUGAUAUUAUCAGGAAUUAAUGCCACCAAUCCAAAUUCCGUUAAUGAAUCUCCAUUUGUCAAAAGAAUCCGAGAUUCCAUGGACGUUAAAUUUGAUGACAAGUUUGAUAGCAACAAGGUAAAUGAUAGACUUAACGAAUUCCAAAAUGAAAGAAUAGUAUAUCCCAUUGGGGAAAAUAGUAAGAGUGAAGAUGAGAAUGGGGAUUCACCCUUUGUGGUACAUGUUGAAAAUCAUGAACAGAAGCUUCUUCAUAGUAAUAAACUCAGAAACAAAUCAACAAUACCAAAUGACGUGCCUCCUCGAACUAAUAAAUUAAUAUCAACACCAAAACAUCAAAGAACCUCAUCUGUCAAAGUUAGCUUAACUCCGGCUCAAAAAUUUGAAAAACGAAGCAAUACAAGACUGGAUAAUGCAUUGGAUAAUUUCGAAUUUAUUGAACUUGUGGGUAUUGGUGCCUUUGCAAGCGUAUAUCGAGCUGUUAAUCUAAAAACGAACCAAGUUGUUGCAAUAAAGCAAAUCUUGUUAGAAAAGGAUCAAGAUGUGGGGAUUUUAAUGAGAGAAAUAGAUCUUUUAAAGAUCUUGAAACAUCGAAAUAUAGUAAAAUAUCAUGGAUUUGUGAAAACUUCAACUUCAUUAAAUGUAUUAUUAGAAUACUGUGCAGGCGGGUCGUUAAGACAACUCUAUAAAAAACUAAAGAAAGGUCUUCCAGAAUCACAGAUCAUCAAUUAUGUAAGACAAAUACUAUUGGGAUUAACUUACUUACAUGAUCAAGGGGUAGUUCAUAGAGAUGUCAAAGCAGCCAAUGUCCUCUUGACUGAAACGGGGGACGUCAAAUUGGCAGAUUUUGGUGUUGCAACGCGAAUAAAUUCCCAGCAUUACACACUUGUGGGUACUCCAAAUUGGAUGGCACCUGAAACUGUAUUGGGAGGUGAAGGAUUAUGUACAGCCUCUGACAUUUGGUCUUUGGGUGCUACAAUAAUAGAACUAUUCACAACUAAUCCACCGUAUCACGAUCUUAAUCCUAUGGCUACCUUGCAUGCAAUUGGAACGGAUGAACAUCCCCCACUUCCUAAAAAUAUUUCCUCAGUUGCUAAAGAUUUCUUAUUGGAAUGUUUUCAGAAACAACCAAAUCUUCGAAUAAGUGGCAAAUUAUUAUUGAAACAUAAAUGGUUAUCCAAUGGAGUUAACAGUGCAAGUAAUUCAAGAUUAGCAAACUCUAAUAUUCCACGACCUGGUAAGCGUCCAAGUAUUGAAUUGAAAUCCAUUAGAAUGUAUUCGGAAGCAAAUGAAGAGAAUUGGGAUAAUGAUUUUGCUGAAGUUAAGAUGCCUAAGUUUCAGAUUGCGUUAGCUCCAGAUCUCCUACAUAUAGAUGAUGUUGAAACGGAACUCCAGCAGGAUACAGCGAUGGUACAGCCACCGCAGCUGGUAGCUUCAAAGUCGGAACUUUUGAAUAAGUUUGCGGAAGAUGAUGACGAAUUAGAAGCAGACACAUCAUCGGUAUUUCCAAACUUGAAGACCAAAUUAUUAAUUCAUCGGAAUGGAAAUACAGAAGAAGAGGAAGAAGCGGAAGAAUCUGAUCCUUUUUUGAAUAUUGAUAUUGAGAAUUUUAAUACGAAUGAAUUGGAAAUACAAAGUAAAAUGGAAUAUUUAGUGGUUAGACUUUCAAGAAAAUUGGAUCAAGCUCAUCUGGGUAAUGAAGAGGCAAUUGGUUCAUUAGUAAAACUUACAGGAAGGAUGUUACAUCUUAUUAAAAAAUAUCCAAUUCUGCAUGAUAUAUUUGUUAGAGAUCAUGGUGUAUUAUCAUUAUUGGAAUUAUUGGAUAGUCAUCAAGAAAUGCCUCGUCAACAAGAAUUAUGGUGUCAUGUACUUUCAAUAUUGAAUUAUAUUUUUGAAAGUAACGUAAGUUUAUUUGAGAAUUUUUGUUUUCUUGGUGGUAUUCCUGCAAUCGCCCAUUUUAGAAAUGUAACUUAUGACCUUCAAGUUAGAUUACAAGUGGCAAGAUUUGUUGGUAUUUUGAAUACAUCAGACAAAGCAUUAUCGAUGUUUGUAUCUUGCGGUGGUCUCCGCUUGGUGUCAAAAUUUGUUGAAGAAGAUUUGGAUACUACUCCAACGUUCCCCUUGGUUUCAAUUGAAUGUAUUCAUAAUGUUUUAUCAAAGGAUUUAACCAGAUCGAAAUCUGAUAUUUGUCGUAUUUUGUCGAAAUAUGGGGUCAUUUUUUGGUUUGUCGUAUUAUUGAAUAGAUUGCUUAAGUGUGGGAAAAAGCCUUUGGGUAAACAAGUCACGAUGGAAGAAAUUCAAACUGCAAUUGACAGAAUAGUGGACAUAGUUAAAUACUUUGAACAAUCUGAAGCCAGAGUACGUGUUUCAAUUGCAAGUGCCGAUUUAUUCAAGUUGAUGAUUAGAAUUCAACUAGUUAAUGUUAAGUUAGUUAUCUAUACUCCAGCUAAGAAGAAUUACAAAGAAGUGAUAAACAUCGUAUCACCUAUUAUAUAUAAUUGCAUUUCUUUGAAUCAAAUAAGAGCGGGAGAAAUAGUUGAAUUGGGAGCUGUUCCAUAUUUGAAAAGUUUAUCAAUUAUCAAUUUACCAUUCAGACAAUUCAUAUUACCAUUGGUAUGUGAAUUUGUAUAUUGUGACUCUAAAGUAAGGUCAGAAUUACGUAAGAAUGAUAUUCUUAGUAUUUAUUUCAAUCUUAUCUUAGAUCCAUAUUGGCAAUCCAAUGCACUUGAUUCGAUUCGCCAAUGGCAUCAAAGUGAUCCUCGUCAUAUAAGACUUGAUACUCCCAGAGCUGCUGAAUGUCUUGUGGCCGGAUUCUUAAUUCCAAAACCUUCCAAUAUUGAAUCAACAUUGGACAGCUAUUUACAAUUAAUGACUACAAAUGCAAAGGUCACUAAGUUUAUGCUGAAUGCUACAAUAAUUAAUAAUAUUCUUAUGAAACUUAGUAUAUAUAAUAAGACGCCAGUUAUUCAAUUGCUGCUUCUAAAGAUUUUGAAAUGGUUAUUACAUUACUUGAUUGGCAUGAAUCAAUUAGCUGAAACAAAUGUUUCUAAUCCAAUUAAGAAUACUUUGACUUCAUUGAAAACUAAAAAUUCUUCUGUUCUUAUUGAAGAACUAGCACUUGAGAUUAUAGAUUUGCUUUAG